AGUCGAAACCACCUGGCGAUGCACCUGAACGCACCUGAGAAGUCGAACACGUGAGAAUCCCUACAGAGACUGGCCGGUCGGUCGUUCGUCGGUCCGUCUCGCUUACCGCGCUGUACGACGUUACAACCUGACCCUUGUGCCGGGGCUAACAACACCGACAACGCACAACAGGUGAAGAGCGAAUAGAGGACGCGAUCCGAUCCACGAAAGACCGAAUAACAUUAUCGUGAGCUCUGUUACUGUCGGCUGUUGUCUGUCCGAUGUCAGUCGUUGAUUGCCGUGCGUACCGCGAGGUAAUAACCCGCGUGCGUGCGUGAGUGAGUGAAAUUCAUUUCUCCCGGCUUAUCGAUAUUUUUACCAUUCGUGGUUGAUAAGUUUUAUUUUUUUUUUUUUCCUCUCAAUUCUUCGGCGUUCCAUUUUUCGGACGACCGACCGAUUGACGCGUUACGAUUGAAUAUAAACCGAAAUAACUCGUACGCUGAAGUGCAUUAACGUUUGGAGAUAUACAGUUGUGGUGUGGUGAAGAUUGUUUUUUUUGUUUGUUUGUUCGUAUCAAUUUUUACCUUGGAAUCGAUAUCGUCGGAUAGGAUACGAAUACACCACCGAUCGGAAGAGAUUCCAAGAUCGGCGCAACAUGGUCGUCUUCAACGCAACGGACAAUUCAAAUUUGACUUCUCAACAGUCCGUUCAUCAAUCUUCGAAAUUGAGGAGAUCCAGAAGACUUUCGUCGACUCGUGGUCUACGCCCUAAGGAUAAUGUUCCGAUCCACGAAUCGCCGAUCAGGGGUGUCGAGAUACGUGACCUUAAUCAAAAAUUGGGUUUGUGUCCGAUAGUGAGUUUGAAAAAUGUCGAAGAGAAAUGCGAAGGGGAUCGAUUGGAGCGAUCCAGACACUUCAAUUCGGAAGACUGGGAUACGAAUGAAAAAAUAAGUUUGAGCAGCGGAUCGAGUCCGAGGAUCGAUCUCAGGGCUGGUUUUGAACUGGCGAAAGAAGGGGGCUCGAAUUGUCGGCGAGGUAACUCGGAUAAAAGAUCGUCGAGCUGGUACGUCGGUAGAAAUGUUAAGGAUAGAAAUUUGGAGGAAGAUGAAAAUGUCAUAAAAAGCGACUCGAAGUACGAGAUCGGCGUACCGAAUAAGCCGAGAAAUCGGGAUGAUUGUAAAAAUAAGGAAAAAAUUCGGGAGAAGGAUGUAGAAGGUAGCGCGUCGGGGAGGUCGUCGUUUUCUCAAUAUCAGAGAUUACUGUUGGCGUCCAGAAGUAAUAAGGGAGAGAAAAUAUCGUCUCGUCCUAAAACGUUUAAGGAAAAAGUAGAUAAAACUAACGAUUCGAUAUCUAAGAGGCUGGAGUUGAUACACGAGUUGAAUCAGAGGAUCCUGGCGAAUUACGAAAAGUUUCAGCAAAGGUCUAAAAGAUCGCAUUCGAAAGGAUCUAAAGAGUCGAAGGAUUUCUCGAGGAACUUAAAACAGCAGAGGGAAGGGUACGAGGAUAGGAAAAAAAAUAAGAAGAAGGACGAGCAGGAUGAAAAGAAGGAGGAGAAGGGGGACGAGAAGGAUCUGGAAUACGUUGGGUCGGAGCGAAAGCCUUUUGAAAAGUUUUCGACUAAACUUUCCGAGAGCGAAAAUUCUGGUGGGACAGUCUCUGGUUAUUCCCAGGUGUCAAAAUUACAGAGAAAAAAAACUUCGCAAAACAUUAUAAAACACGAAUUCACCGAAGAAUCGAGGAACGUCAAAUCCGACAACAGUAAGUUCACAUUCUCUCGUGAUUACUGCGAGAGACUAAUUCAAAAGCAAUCGAAAUUAAUUUCGAAUAACGAGGAUAAGCCGAGAUCCGUGCGAAAAAAGGUGAAAACUUCGAGCAAACCCGCGGCGUCCUCGGUUUCUAAAGAGUGGAGGGACGUUAACGAGAACUUCACCAUGGCACCAAGAGUAAAUUUCUACCAGGGUGGUAACCUACGAGAUAGUUGUAGCGAGGCGAGCUUUUUAAAGGUAGAAAAAAAGAGGAGCGAUACCGUCAAGAAGAAAGAAAAAGGUUCGAAGUUUUACCUAGAAAACGAUGAACAAAAAGUACACGAAGAAGAAGAAGGACAAAAAGAAAAGGAAGAUGAAGAAAAUUCUAGAGGAGUUCAAAAAGUAAAUCGAAUUUUCGAACCCCUUUCAAAAGUGGUCGACGUCCACGUUACGGAAACGGAAGAAUUAACCGCAAAAAAAAGUGAUCAGCAUUUCCAAAAAGCUGGCGAAAGGGUGCUCGAAUCGUCGUCGAAUUUCUUAACGAUUCGAGAACCCAGUCAAACGAUACUGGAAAAAAGGAUCUUGGCGGACCUCAACCGUACGAUAAGCAAAUUCGACGUGGACAGAGAAAUCAAUAACGAAUCAUCAACGGGUGAUAACAGCGAAAGUUUCAGUUCGGAUUCAAUAAAAAGUAUGUCCUUGAAUCGAACGAACAACAAGAAGAACAACAACGGUAACAAAAGUGAAAGUUUCGAUGACUCCUCGACAACGAACUUACAACUUGAACCUUUCAAUUCCUCGUGGGAUUCAGGUGUCGGGGUGGAUGUCGGAGGAGUAGGAAGUGGCUGGGUCAGAGUUCACACCGGAAUAGAGAGUAGUCUCGUUUAUUUGACCUUGGAAACAACGGCCAAAGACGUUUGCAGAGACAUGCUUUUAGGGGAAGACUUAUCGCUAUUUAUACAGUACGGCGGUGAACCGGGUCGCCGUUUAUCUCCAACGGAGCGACCUCUCGAGUUACAGGAUUCUUUUCUCCAGAGAUUGGGAUACUUGGAAACGUCGAGACGGACCCGUAUCGGUGUCGAUCCAGAGCUGAGACACCUCGUCGCAUUUCACGUAGGUCCAACAGCGCCGGUCGUAGAACUGAACGGUUACAGUCACUGCGGUUACGUGCUCGUCCUGAAGGGAUUAGUUUUCCCGCAGUGGAAAAGACGACCUCUGGCAGUCAUCGGAUCUCGCCUUUUCCUCUACCCAGGGUCGCCAGAUGCGCACCCGGAGUGGAUGGAGCUCGGUGGUACCGGAAGUGCCGUUUGCUGCGCGCCUUCGAGACUCGGCAAACUCGUCCUUCGUGUGACGGGAUACCCGAAGAUCACCACGCCUAGAGAGGGUAUAAGAACACGCGAAUCUCCGCAUCAUCCCGAUACCAGGCAUCUUUACCUGGGCUUUCAUCACCCAUGGGACAGAGACCUUUGGCGCGGAUGGCUGAAACUGGCGACGCAGCAUCCUUCUUGUCCGCGUCUCUUGGAUCUGAGCAAAGGUGGUCUCUCUAGAAUUCCGGAUAGCACAAUCGCAUUUCCUGCUAUCGAGGAACUACUGCUCGGGCAAAAUCAGCUCGGCAAUCCCGAAAACAACUUGAGGCUCCUGACCAGAUUUCCGAGGCUAACUUCGGUGCAUCUACAGAUGAACAACCUCAAUAAGUUUCCCGAAGAACUUUUCGAGCUACGGGGUUUGACGAACCUCGACAUAUCCGAUAACUUGAUAUCUCAAAUUCCAUCAGACAUCAAGCGCAUGAUAAACCUUGAAGAGCUGACUCUGGAUCGCAAUGAAUUAAAAGAUCUUCCAAUUGAACUAUCCGGGCUUAAGCACCUCAGGAUCAUCUCAAUCGUUGGUAACUUUUUAGCUGAUUUGCCAACAUUCCUCAGGAUGCGGGCUCUAGUUGUAGCAGUAAGCGACAAUGUGUGUGAAAUUCAGAACCGUGGAGAUCAGGGAAAGUUCAACAGAGAUGAGAAGAACAAUAGAAAUAAUUUGCACAAAGUCAAUCUAAGGAAUAAUCAAUUAAAGGGCAGCAUAAUUCUAGGAAAUUAUGGGAACCUUACGCACUUGGACGUCAGUGAAAAUAACAUCGAAACCUUGGAUAUCAGCGCCCUUCAAGGAUUAAGGAGCGUUAGGUGCGCGAGAAACGUUCUUACCGAAUUAACGCUGUGUGGAAAGAAUCUGAUAUCUUUAAUCGCUGGAAAUAACAAGCUGAAGAAAUUGACCGUUGAACCGCCACCGACGAAUCUCGAGCACCUCGAUAUCUCCUACAAUUCGUUGGACAGUUUGCCGGACUGGACUCCUGAACUUCCAUUAUUGCGAGCAUUAUUUGCCUCGAAUAACGCACUCACCGCGUUGCCCGAUCGACUGCUGUCGCAAUCUUCGCGUUUGGAAGUACUCCACCUACCGCAUAACAGAUUGCAAGCUCUUCCGCCGCCAAGGAGACCUUUGAAUCUAGCGCAUCUCACUCUUCAAGGGAAUACCCUCACCGCACUCCCGGAGAACUUCUUUGCCAAUACAUCAAAGUUGAAGGUCCUGAAUCUGUCGAAUAACCGUUUGAACGAACUGCCCAGUGUGGAGGAUUCCUCUAAGACUGGACAAAGCGCCCAUUGUCUGGAGAAGCUCUAUGUCACGGGUAAUUGUCUGACAGAUACAGCCUUGGACUCUCUCGCCAGACUACCGGCCCUAAGGGUCCUCCACGCCGCUUACAAUAGCCUGGACACUAUGCCCGAAAGUUGUAUAGCCGCUUGGGUCGAUCUUGAAGAAUUGGUGCUUUCGGGGAACCGACUCCAAUACCUUCCCGACAAUGUCGCGAACCUACAACAUCUCAGGGUACUCAGGGUACAUUCCAACAGACUUCUCACCUGCCCGACUUUCAACAAGACGAACUCCCUCAGGGUCCUCGACUUGGCGCACAAUCAACUUGACCGAAUCAAUCUGCAGAGCUUAGUUCCCCCGCAGCUUCAGUUCCUCGACAUUUCGUGUAAUUCGCGACUCCACGUGGAUCCGAGACAAUUUCAAGUGUACCGUUCGCAAAGACCACUUUCUCUGGUCGACGUUUCCGGUCAGAACAGAUCCAGCCUUCCGUCGCAUCCGCAUCAUCAGGAAAUCGUUGCCGCUGAAAGGAAUAUCGAACAACCGUGGCGCUUGGGGUUCUCGGAAACGGCUGGUGGAAGAGAAAAGCUAUUCGUAUCGCAAAUUCGUAUGCCAGCAUUUUGUAACGUCGAGGGUCUUUUCGGCGUUUUUGACGGUGGUUCGAAUCAGGAGGCACCUGUUUGCCUUCAGGAAAUGAUUCCCAGAAUUCUUCUUGAGGAGAGAACCAUCAAGGAAACCGCUAAGGACUAUUUGAAGUACACUCUGCUUUCAGCGCAUAGGGAACUCAAGGAAAAAGGGCAAAAGUACGGAGUAGACGCGACCCUCGUACACCUCACGAGGAUUCCAUCUACCCCGGGAUACCCGAGAACCUCGAGAAGGUACGCCUUGAAGAUCGCGACCUCCGGUGAGGCGAGAGCUGUGUUGUGCCGAGCGGCGGGUCCCCUGACUUUGGCACCGGCUAAAAAUAGUCAGCAGUUAAAAAAUCAAUUGGGAAAUGCCGCCAUGUUUCCUCUGGUAGUUCCGGACCCUGUGACCGAAGAAGUUCUCUUAGAGGACGACGAUGAGUUUUUGAUAAUCGCCAAUAGAAAAUUGUGGGAUGUCUUGAGCGUUCAGGAAGCAGUUAGAGAAGCUAGAGCGGAGGCGAGUCCGGUUCUCGCUGCGAAGAGACUUCAAGAUCUCGCCCAAGCAUACGGAGCUGAAGACAAUAUCAGUGUCAUAGUCCUUAGGCUAACAGGACCCGGAAACGGAGACCUAGAUCAGCUCAUGCGAGAACUUAGACACGCCGUUGGAAAGACUAGAAAUCAAGGAGAGAACGGAGGUUGUCUUUGCGCCUGCUGUCAACCGCCGGCACCCCAAAAAUCCCCUGCUCCUUGCUGCUGUCACGUUAACAACGGUUACUACCUGAACGGCGUGCUGAAAAAUAUCGUCAAUAGCCGUUCGUCGGGUAAGUCGCAGGACUCGCUGAACCUGCACGGGAUCAAAAGUGCGAGCCAAAGAAUUUCGGAAAACGAGAUCGCGAUCGCUCCUAACGGCGACGACCGCAGUUCCCCGAGUGGUCAAUCCGAUCAGGCGAGUGACAGUACUUUCAAAUCUCGUAAUCUAUCGGGACGAGGAUGGAACAAUGCGGUUUCCGGAGGGUUGAGGGCGUCGAGAAGCAAUCGACAGCAUCACGAAACAGGGAUACGAAAAAUUUCGACCGGGCCUCCAGAAACGGAUGACGCGAUAUCCGAAAGAUCCGGUGCUCUGAGUGAGGAACAGUUCAGAUGUUGGGAGUACAUGUUGGAACAAAAUACACAGUUAUUAUUUGACAAGGAACUGGACACCCUGACGAGAUCACCUCUGAGACGAGGACAGUCGAGAUCAACGCCACAUUUGACGGGAAACCUACCAUUUCUGUCGAAAAGAUUUGGCAGCGCGAGAACUUUUAGUCCCGGACUUCCGAGGACUCCCGUAAGAUUUGGUAGCGGAAGAAGGUUCCUCAGCGGUGGCCCGAACGCGGCUUACUUCGGUAGUCUUCAGAGAUUAAUGCCUUAUAAUCUUGAAUAUGAUUUCGCGGUUAUUCAAGAAAGAGCCGGACUAGAUUCCCUUGAACAGGAUACUUCGAGGAUGCAACAAUAUUGGGGUGUCGCAACGACUGAACUUUGAUUAUUUUGCCAAUUCGAUCCUUUCCAUCGACAUUCGAAUUCCCGAUACGCAGCCGAUUACCUCUUAGCGAUGUUCGAAGAUAAAAUCAUAAUGAAAAUAUGAAAUAGUAUGAUAAUAAAAAAUAAAUGUACCUGAAUAAAACUUGAAUGUAAGUAUAAGCGUACUGGAUAAUUUAAGUGGAACUACUUCCGUUAAAAGGAAAAAAGAAAAAUUAUUUAAAAAACAAACUGGGAAAAUCGAAAGACUGUUUUACACCCUGUAUACGAUAUACCGUUGUGAAUAAUCUCAUACAUUUUCAGUCCUUUGAAUAUGAGUGUCACGUACGACACGGUAGUGACGUAAGGAUAGGCACUAAACCUUUACGACGACCUGAUCGAUAAAUAGAUUCACUGUACAUAUACCGAUUCAUUAAUAUUUGCAAUGUUUGAAUUACCUGAAAAAGUUGUCUAUCGGUAUUCGUGAUUUUAUAUCACAAUGAACACGAUCAAUUAUAUCCAUAUAGUUUUGUAAAUAAAUAAAUGAUACCUUCUUGUAUAA